CCUGUCAUUCACAAACGCGCCUCAUUUUUCCGCAAUGGUCUUCAGGAAAGUCGCCGCUGCGUCACGCCCCUGUGCCCAUUUUCGGAGGGGAACCCCGUCACAUCCUCUGCCCAUAUUUGGGCAAGAACCAUCCAAAGUCUGCACACGGCGGGGAUUCCUUCUGUCGACGUAGAUGAGCGCAGGGCGGAGCUCCGGUUGAGCCGAACAGUAUAAAAGGGGGACGAGGGAUUCCAGUAAACGAAUCGACGGACACCAGAAUCGGGAAGCCAUAGGAGCUCUGCUUGCCGGGAAACAAGAAAAGGGAAUCCCAAAGCAUUCGGAAAUAAUUCCAACGACACUCCUUGUGGAUUUUGAUAUAUAGGCCUAUUUUUUGCACUUAAGAAGACAUCAUGCUGAACACCGUGGACUUCAGUGCGCUGGAUUUCCUCUGCGCCCAAACCGAGAGUCUGGAGGCACAAUCUAGCCCUCAGAUUCAACCUGAUGCUGCUCGCGGACUGUUGAAGCCCAAAGUGGAGCCGCAGGAUGCCGGCUUUUCCGAGUGCUCCAAUGACGGCUACCCGCCGUCUCCAACGACCUACACCGGCAGUUUCUACACUGAGACCGGCCCUUGUAGCGCGGACGCCCUGCUCAGCAUCCUCGCCGAAAUCGUCGGUAUCUCCACGGCACCCAUUUCCGAGCUGAGCGCCGAAAACUUCUGCGGAAACUCUCGCGGAAACGCUUUGUCACGCCAGGAGUCGUUGCUAUCCACGGGGAGCUCGCUGGGUUCGCCGGAACCGUGCUGCAACGACUCGUCGGACGAAUAUAUGGACGGUUCGAGUGUCCAGCAGUCUUUCCCAGUGACUGUUAAGAGUGAGUUCGGCAGCAGUUGCCAUGGCUGCGAUCUUUUCGCAGGGUUCGGUACUCCAGAUAGUUCGCUCACGCACGAGCCCUCAGACCUGGAUGACAUCAUUGACUUGCUCUCUCCAUUGGGUCCCGAGACGGACUCCGUUUUGGACACGUGGAUCAAGCAAGAGCCAUUGGAUCAGAUGAUCCCGCUAAACUACUCACCCAACUUCACUAACUUUCAGAUUCCCGUUCCGACACCAAGCGCGUUUGGACUCGGCUGCGCGUUCGACUCUCUUGUCGUAAAGAGUAAAGCGCGAUCCAGGAAGGGCGCGGCCCGCGAGAAGCCCUUCAUCUGCCCGAUGGAGAACUGCGAGCGCCGCUUCUCCCGUUCCGACGAGCUCAACCGUCAUGUCCGGAUCCACACCGGCCACAAGCCCUUCCAGUGCCGCGUCUGCCUGCGCUGCUUCAGCCGCAGCGACCACCUCACCACGCACAUGCGCACGCACACCGGAGAGAAGCCGUUCUCCUGCGACGUGUGCGGGCGUCGCUUCGCGCGCAGCGACGAGAGGAAGCGGCACGGGCGAGUGCAUCUCAAACAGCGCGAGAGGAUGCAGCAGAAGACGGAACUGCUGGCUGCAUGCGCGUUUUCGCUUCCAGGACUUGUGUGAUCUCCAGGGACAGUGGUUGUGUUCCCGUUUUUCCCUCUUUGGGAAGUUUAUGGCUCAAGCGUAGCUCAGUUGAUGUGCGCGAGCAGGUCAGUGCUCGAAACACUGGGAGAGUUGAAUGGGACUGAACUGGUCGAUGCGGGUUGUGAAGAGUUCGGCAUGCGAUUGAAAGCGACAAGACUCUAACUGUAUGAGAUUUAUUGCCUGGGAAAGGCAGACAAUGUGCAACACUUGGACUUUACCUCAACGCUUUAUGUGUCAAAUGCGCAACAACAACAACACAGCUAAACACCAUAGUUGUUAACAGUGAAAUAUUUUUCUACAAGAAGUGAUGUAGAGAGAAAUUUACUUUGAUCACGAGACCCGAACCUCAGAUGUUGUUUUGACAUACUGUAUCUUGCAUGUCUCAGUCAGUAUGACGUAAACGUGUAUUUGUUUUACACACGCUGGCAUGCACAAUGUGAUCUGCGUCUUUUAAAUGGUUAGUUGCAUUUUGAUACAUCACUUUAUAAUCACACGAGAAGAGCCCUAUAUAUUUGUACAUUACUGAUUGUAAUUUUCUAUUUGUCAGUUUACUUAAAGAGAGUAUGAGGAAUCUAUUCUAUAGAUUUCCCUAAGUGAUUGUAUUCCACUUUUGACAGUAGAAUGUGUCUGGUUGGUUCUUGGGAACCUGAAGCAGAAUAUUUACAGACUUCAACAUCGUAGUUGAGUUGCAGUAGCACACUUGGAUGUGCAGUUAAACCUCUGUUGUUUCCUCUGGAAUAGCUGAGGUCGUGUCGAUAUUAUUGUCUAUUUGCCUUUGAAAACUGUUCUUGUGCAAUGAAUGCUGUUAAAUGCCUUAUGGAUAUUCUGAGGCUAUUGAAUGUUUCAAAUAAAACUUUAUAUAUACUGACAUUAUUUUGGGUCUUGUUUCAGGCUGAUAUCCCAAUGAUAACACUAAGACUAUACAUGCAUAAAUUGAGUUCUAUGUUGAGUACAAUAUGCAAACUACUGAAUAAAAUCAAUGGACUCCAAAUUCAAACUAAUGGAUGAAAAAUUAUAGUUAAAAAUUAAAGUUUGUCUAAAGUAUUAUGUAAAUUAACUUCAUUAGUCAAACAUAUUAUUUGUUAUCAAAAUGGCUACAAUAGGUUAACCAAAGAUAGUCAUUUUAAGGGUUAGCUCUAUUUCUUAGGACAACUAUUUCAAUUAUAUCAGUCCCUAAAAGGCAACAACUGAACAGUUUGACUUUGUAUAGUGCACUGAAAACCCUA